AUGAGUUUCAACAAAAUUAAAGAAGUUAUAGAAGAUGGAGACAUUGUUAUUUUAUAUUUAAAUCCAAACAACAUGCAUCCUCUGGAAGUAAAAGCAAAAAUUUCCAAUAAAAAGGGCAAAAUCAUAGACAAUGUGUUCAAUACUACAUAUGGUGCACUAAGAGUCAUAUCACUCAUUGGACAAAAGUAUGGUUCAAAAGUCGAGUUGACUCGAGGCUGGGCAUAUGUGUUGCAGCCAACGCCAGAACUUUGGACACUGAUACUACCUCAUAGAACUCAAAUUAUCUAUAGUCCAGAUAUAAGUUUCAUUAUACAUUUAAUGGAACUUAGACCAGGAAGUAUAGUAAUUGAAACAGGUACUGGUAGUGGCUCUUUAUCUCAUGCAUUAAUUCGAGCAAUACGUCCAAGUGGCCAUUUGUAUACCUUUGAUUUUCAUGAACAACGUGUAUCUAUUGCUAGCACAGAAUUUAAAAAACAUGGUUUGAGUGAUUUUGUAACUUUGAAAGAAAAGGACGUUUGCUUAGAAGGAUUUGGAGAAGAAUUAAAACAUAAAGUCGAUGCAGUGUUUCUAGAUCUUCCACAUCCAUGGUUAGCUGUAGAGCAUGCUACAGUUGCUCUAAAAAAAGCAGGUGGAAAACUUUGUUUCUUUUCUCCUUGUAUCGAACAAGUUCAACGUACUUGCAUAAAAUUAAUUUGUGAAGGAUUUAUAGAAUUACAUACGUACGAAUGUUUGCAAAGAGAAAUGAAUGUUCAGUACAAGCUUUUGCCAAUAUUAGAUUUAGAAUGUUUGAAACACAAGCACACAACUGAAGAUAUUCACAAGAACGGAAAAGAAAAACAAGAAGAAAAACUUCUUACAGUUACUCACUCCCAUUCAUCACCUGGCCAUACAGGCUUUAUUACGAUUGCUGUUCUACCCCCUAGUUAUGCACGCAAAAAAGAAAUACAUUUACAGUGUAGAAAUUCAGACAAAUGAAUAAACGAUUGAGGAAU